GCAUCCACACAUGCCGCCGGCUUAUGCCGCCGGGUUUGCCGCCGACUUUCAGACCGCCUUGCCGCUGACUUUGCCGCCGGCUUUACCGGCGGCCUGCAGUCGCGGUUGCAAUUUACGCAGUAGUGUUGUGACUUUCGUUGAAAUUAGUCGUGUACGUAGAAUCGAAAGAUGUUGGACUAUGAUAUAGUUGCGUGUAUCGCAAGUGUAGUGUUGUAUGUCAUUAUUCAUAAAAAGAACCGCAAAAUCAAACGAAGAUAUUGGGUCAGACCAAGUCUUCGAAAUAGGCCUAAUGUGUCCCCGAUACUUGAAGAUUUUAGAAGGGACGACAUAAACCGAAGAAAUAUUCGUUCGAAAUUUAACACUUUUCUAAGGAUCUCUAGUGAAGAAUUUGAAAUAUUACUGAAUUUAACUGGACCCAUGAUAUCAAAAACUGACACCCGCUGGAGAAAUGCUGUGUCAGCUUCCGAUCGACUAGCAAUUACUUUGAGAUACCUGGCUACAGGAGACUCUUAUUUUUCACUCGGUACACUGUUUAAAGUGUCUCCACAAGUUAUUUCUUUAAUAAUUCUAGAUGUUUGUCAAACUUUGGUGUCUACAUUAUCCAAUUAUUUAAGGAUGCCGAAUACACAUGGAGAAUGGCUAUCAGUGGCUCGAAGUUUCAUGCAGAAAUGGAAUGUACCUAAUUGCGUAGGUGCCCUCGAUGGGAAACAUAUACGUAUACUAUGUCCAACUAAUAGCGGUUCUGAGUUUUUUAAUUAUAAGUCAUAUUUCAGUAUUGUUUUGCUAGCUUUAAUCGAUGCCAAUUAUAACUUUUUAUACGUAGACAUUGGAUGUCAGGGCAGAAUAUCUGAUGGUGGAGUUCUACGAAAUUCAACUUUAUUUGAUAUGAUACGAGAUGGAACUUUAAGUCUGCCACAAGCGAUUCCAUUACAAGGGAGAAAUACACCUGUACCUUUUUAUUUCAUCGGUGACGAUGCUUUCCCCAUCUCACAGAAUAUAAUAAAACCGUUUUCUGGAUAUCAUGCAAAAGGAUCACCUGAGAGGGUUUUUAAUUAUAGACUUCGCGUCGCGGGCGCAUGGUUGUAG